AUGGAGAAACUUGUAUUCGCCGAUGAAGAUGGCAGGUGUCGUUGCUGCAGAAGCGACGCUUGCUAUUCGCAAGGCGAUCGCAUGCAUACGUCGGUGCAUGCAUGCGAGCGCUGCAUGACACGCAUUGAUCGUUGCACGCACAUACGUGUCCUGUUCAUGGCGGGAAUUCGGAGUGUCAAUUCUAGGUCGUAUUCUUCGUUCGUGUUGUGCACUUGUGUUGCUAGAGUACCGACUGCAAUCCGUACAAUGAGUGACAGGGAAGCGCGCGCUCAGCAGAAUGUCGAUGAGACGCCAACGCCUGCGGUAUUGCAGUCGACUGCGCAGUUGGCGCUGCAAACGCCUUGCCCCUCCUCGCGUACCGCUUGUGCUCAAGUUCUCGAUUCUCCAAGCAAAAGUGCGGGGUGGACAUCGCGAAUGCAGAAGCGGAUGCGGCGCUUGAUCCAAUCGGUGGCGGCAGGGCGCAAGCGCCUCUUCGCGUUCGACACGGAUGCAGGAGUCGAUGGCGACAGCGCGUCCCAUCAAGUAAGAGAGCGCGUUUCACUGUCGCUGAACGUUGUGGAGUCGUCCGCGAACCGAUCGGAUCUGCUGGAUACAACUGCUGUUUCAACGAUACGAACGAAUACGGAUGUAUCCCCGGUUGGAGACAGGUCGGCUGGCUUGGAUAUUCCGGACCAGAACCGAGAUCAGUCACUGAUGUGUGUGUCUCCGUGGUGCUCUAUCGAGGAUGCUCGUCAAAAUGCAAGCCUCCGACAAUGCCAAUUCCAGGCUCGAGGUGCACUCGUACAGACAAGCAUGCAGCCGGGCUCCCGCGGUACCGAGACGACUCGCGUGAGCUGCUCUCCGGCACGCGUACCAAGGAGCAUGCCGGUCGCCGACAACGAUCCAAAUGCGCCUGCCAUGGAAAGAGCCCUCACAUCGUCGCCGGUAGGUCAGUGCCAAGUCUCGACACCAGUGACGAUACCGCGGAUACCCCGCGACUCCGAAGAGACCGAUGCGGCACCGGGAUCCGCACAUCCGCUACGUCCACGGAACGCUUCAAUCGCUGACAUUCAUUCGUCACCAGAGCCGUUGCAGCAUUCAGUCACGAUCCGAGCUCGAUCCCCAGCCAUUUUCGGAGACAUAGGCAUUCGCGAUCCUCGCACCGGGCACGACGGAGGAAUCAUCCAGUACGGUGAUGAACAUGUGGAGCGCGUUCCAGCCGCUGCAGCGAGCCCUGCGCAGGAUCUCGUUCGCCUCACGCCAGCAUCAGGCGCGCUGGGAGCCGUCGAAAGCGUUCCAUACGCGUUCCAUGAAAACAGCUUGCAGCCUGCUCGCAAGCCCUCGCCCGACCAGCACUGCCGGGAUGUUGCAACAGCUGCGGAUCGGUUUCCACUCGGUAUCGCGAAUGAAACACCGGAGACGGAACAAACGUUAUCGUUACCAAAACCUGGGGCGCUUUCCGGCCCAAGCGGCGAAAUUCCAUUGAACCCUGCGCCCGUGCCUACUCCGUUGCUUCUGGGAGCGUUCAUGCGUGCGCAAGUUCGAAAUGAUCCCUUCGCGAAAGACGCGACACAGCAGGGCGGUCCCUCACAAGCACCGAAAGAUGUCCAGCGUUCCGUGCAUUCGACGAGCUUCCGUCAACGCUCAAUCAGUCCCGAAAUGCAAUAUGGCGCAGCGAGUACGCUCCGCUCGAAAGUAGCGGGUGCGCUGGCGCAAUCGCUCUGGCAAGCGACCCUUCGAAAGCCGUCACUGGUCGCUGUGUUCUUGCAUCCAAACGUAACACCGCAUGCGCUCAUCGCUCACCUCUGUUUCCGCCAUGUCGCAGAGCAUCGGUCGCGAGUGCUCAUCCUGCUGGACGACAAUCCCGCAACCAAUCUGAAUAUCAGUUUCGUGACCAGGUAUGCUGUAGAGCUUCUCGCAUACUUGCGUGCUGCGCUCGGCGACCGGAUGGCGGCAGCAUCGGCGCUUGGAUUCAGUCCGAACGCUAUUGUGAACGUUGCGCUGGUGACCUCUCAGCCAAUGCUUUCGCCGUCAUACCGCAGAGUGCAUUUUGGUCUGAUCAUCGUCUUGGUCGGGGGUAGCGUCGAGCAACCGUAUGCAGGUAACCCUAUGGAUGAUCGCAUCGAGCCUGCCCUUCAGGCAACCUGGCUCAAGCAGUGGCUGGCACCGGUGCCGCUCACAUCGACAGUGCUCUUGCUGCCGCUCUUGCCAGACUCUGGACAAGCGAUACAAAUACCUGAAACAAGCAGUGGCCAUCCACGUCGUCAGCGGAGUGCCUACCGUCAGUUACUCAGCGUCGUGGACGCUCCAUCGAUAGGACAGUCCGUCAACGGUGCCGAUGUAGCUGUCACGUCCACAUCCAAUCCUAAUGCAGGAGUGGCGCGUGUCGAAGCCCAGCUUCUCGUCACCAAUCCCGAAAACGCUCUCGUACAGGAAGAAUCUCUUCGCCAACGGCAAUGUGCACUGGCUGCCGCCUAUCGGAUCACGCCAGCGGACGCCAUUUUCACGCUCGUCUGUUGCGGUGAGCGUCUGCUACGUCUGCUGCUAAACGAGACGGCAGUGGAAGUUCAGCGAGAUGUACCCGCGACGGAUGCGGUAACUGCCCUUCCGUGUGGCUGCCAAUUUCUACAGCACACCGCCGCAGACUACAGCCACAUGAUACGCGAGGUAGAGGAUAUAAUUCGUCGAUCGCUACGGCACCAGACAAGUAGUCGCCGUGCUCGAAAACGUUCAGGGCGAGCACUGCGGAGCGAGGCUCAUCGGCUGAUCGCGUUACACACGCUCCGCCAAGCCGUAUCGAUGGCUUGCUUCGAAGGCGCGGAUGUUGCUCUAGCAUUUUUGAACCAAGCUCACCGUGAGUAUAGUCGUUUCUACGGCGACAGCGCAGCGUCUGUGCAAAUCAUCGAAAAUGCGACGCUGCAGUUCUUCGAUCGCGUCAGAGAUACACCUGCUCCGCAGCCGCAUCCACUGGUGACCAUCAUUCGCACAGCGCUGUCGGACAUUGUGCGAUCCGAUACCGGAACCGAAUCCGCAGCAAAGCGCAAGAUUCUCAUCGUCACUGAAACAAAAGCAAGUGCGGCGUUACUCAAAGCUUGGAUAGCGUCUUCAGCCCGCCCAGUUACUGGGCAAGAACGCGAUACGUGUCACAGAUUAGACGCUCGGCUGGCUGGAGAUCGGCAAUUGGUGAUUCGCCACGUCGAGGAGUUCCAGCAGAAUGACCAACUGCCCUCUGAAACAGUGGGUUCGCUUUGCACCUUCGAGCCCUUCGACAAAAUACUGUUGAUCGCACCCAGCGUUCGUAUGGCUGACCUAUGCGGCCGCGCCCGGCUCUGGAGCGACCUGGGAUGUGGAAGCUGCUUUCAAGUUACGCUCUAUACGGUACUACAAGAGGAGUUGACUCCUCUAUCCCGCUGUAGUCUGACUGUGGAUUACGAUUCCGAAUAUGCGGAAAUCUGGAGCAUGAUGAAGCAGCGUCAGCUUCAUGCGUAUCACGAUGAACAACAACAGCCGGACUUUGAAGCCAGCGUCAGUACAUGGAUAGCACCACUGAGCUGUAUCGAACGUUCCAAAGUGCGUCCAUCCGAGGAGACCAGAUGA